AUGUCCAAACCUUUCCUAUCUUUGCUUUCACUUUCCUUGCUAAUCUUUGCAAGCGCAUGUUUAGCAACACGCUCUGAGUUUGACAGACUCAACCAAUGCCAGCUAGACAAUAUCAAUGCAUUGGAACCAGACCACCGUGUUGAGUCCGAAGCUGGUCUUACUGAGACAUGGAAUCCAAAUCACCCUGAGCUAAGAUGUGCCGGUGUGUCUCUUAUCAGACGCACCAUCGACCCUAAUGGACUCCACUUGCCAUCUUUCUCACCCUCUCCACAGUUGAUUUUCAUCAUCCAAGGAAAGGGUGUACUUGGACUUUCAGUUCCCGGAUGUCCCGAGACUUAUGAAGAGCCACGUUCAUCACAAUCUAGACAAGAGUCAAGGCAGCAACAAGGUGACAGUCACCAGAAGAUUCGUCGAUUCAGAAAAGGUGAUAUCAUUGCCAUUCCAUCGGGAAUUCCCUAUUGGACAUAUAACCAUGGCGAUGAACCUCUUGUUGCCAUUAGUCUUCUUGACACUUCCAACAUUGCAAACCAGCUCGAUUCAACCCCAAGAGUAUUUUACCUUGGUGGGAACCCAGAGGCAGAGUUCCCUGAAACACAGGAAGAACAACAGGAAAGACAUCAACAGAGCCACUUUGCACCCGUUGGACGUAGGGCUGGACAACACCAACAAGAAGAGGAAUCUGAAGAACAAAACGAAGGUAACAGCGUGCUGAGUGGCUUCAGCUCAGAGUUUUUAGCACAAACGUUCAACACUGAAGAGGAUACAGCUAAGAGACUUCGAUCUCCACGAGACGAAAGGAGUCAAAUUGUGCGAGUUGAGGGAGGUCUCCGCAUUAUCAACCCCAAGGGGCAGAAAGAAGAAGAAAAAGAACAGAGUCAUUCUCACAGUGAGGCGGAGGAGGAAGAAGAAGAAGAAGAAGAAGAGGAGAAACAAAGAAGUGAGCGGAGAAAGAAUGGUUUGGAAGAAACUAUCUGUAGUGCCAAAAUUCGAGAGAACAUUGCUGACCCUGCACGUGCCGACCUCUAUAACCCACGUGCUGGUCGUAUCAGCACUGCAAACAGUUUAACUCUCCCAGUCCUCCGCUAUUUACGCCUCAGUGCUCAAUAUGUUCGUCUCUACCGGAAUGGUAUAUAUGCUCCACACUGGAACAUUAACGCAAACAGUCUGCUGUACGUGAUUAGAGGAGAAGGAAGAGUUAGGAUUGUGAACUGCCAAGGAGACGCGGUGUUUGACAACAAGGUGAGAAAGGGACAGUUGGUGGUGGUACCACAAAACUUUGUGGUGGCGGAACAAGCUGGGGAGGAAGAAGGAUUAGAGUAUGUGGUGUUCAAGACAAACGACAGAGCUGCUGUUAGCCACGUACAACAGGUGUUUAGAGCCACUCCCGAAGAGGUUCUUGCAAAUUCUUUUGGUCUUCGUCAACGCCAAGUCACCGAGUUAAAGCGCAGUGGAAAUCGUAGCCCUCUGGUUCACCCUCAGUCUGAAUCUCAAUCUCAUUGA